GUAAUGCAGUUAUUUUCUCUGCUGUUCUCUUCACCACAAAAUAGUGUGUGUUCCAUUUUAAUGGUAAUUGGGGGUUCGAACCACAACGCAAGUGCGUAGAUACCUUCAAUUUCGCAUCUUUUGCGCUUUCUGGUCCCUCCGUUCAGGGAUGCUGGGAAAACAGUUGAAUUCCCCUCUACUUACUACAGAUUCUGCAACACUGUUCUGCCAUUACAAGGCUGAUCUUUCUGCUGCUUCAUCAAGUAUUCCAAGUUUUCCAAAAGCAACAUGGGCCUCAAAUGUUUCUAUGAAACAUCGGAUUUUUCAUUCAACUGCACAGAUAGAAAAUAUAAUCACUAGUGAUGAAGAUCAGAGUAUGUGGGAAGCAUCUAGACAAGCUCUUUCUGCAUUUAACUUCAGCGAUGAAGAGAAGGACAAGAUACUUGGAAAAGCAUUUGGCCUUGUUCAUUCGCCUUAUUGGGGAGAGGAACGUAAGACUGAAGUUCCCAAAUAUGAGACAGUAAAUGCUGUAUUAGACUACCUGAGGAGCUUAAAUCUUUCUGACGAUGACAUGUUCAAGUUGCUCAAAAAGUUUCCGGAGGUUCUUGGAUGCAAGUUGGAGGAAGAAUUGAAAGCUAAUAUAAAGAUCCUGGACGAACAGUGGGGUAUUAAAGGAAAAUCUCUCAGGAACCUCCUCCUUCGAAAUCCGAAGGUUUUGGGUUAUAAUGUUGAUUGUAAAGGAGACUGCAUGGCACAAUGCACUAGAUGCUGGGUUCGUUUCUAGGUGAUUCGACAAGCUGUAUCUGUCUUUAUGAUUAAAUAGAAGGCAUAGAGUCAUAUGUAAAGAAAGGUUCUCACUUUUUUUUCCUGGUUACCUUUUCAAAAGAAGUAAUUGAUUUCGAAGUUGAAGAGGUAGACUCAGAAAUUAUGAUUUUUAUUCAGACACUAUUGUAAAGAAUAUCUUGUUUUCAUAA